UUCAGUGUUAUGAUGAAUCAAUAACAACUGGAGGGGACUACUAUAUAAAUUUGUCUCCAGAGUAGCAGACAAAAUAUGUUCGAGUAGUAGAAAAAUAGCGAGUGUAGCACAAACAUGCUGACGUUUUGGGACACGACCGUGUUGCUGGUCGCCUUUUUGUCGGUGUUUUAUUAUUUUUGUACUUGCACUUAUGACCACUGGCGUAAACGCAACGUACCGUACUUGCGUCCUGUGCCGCUUUUUGGAAAUUUCCUUAAGGCCGCCGUCGGCCUGAGACAUCCGUUCGAAAUUUUCGAAACCGUCUACAGACAUCCGUCCGGAAGGAAAUGCAUCGGCUUCUAUCAAAUGCGGGCGCCCCUGUUGCUAGUGCGCGACCCAAAGCUCAUCAACGACAUUCUCAUCAAGGACUUUGCGCACUUCACCGACCACGGUAUACCCGUCGACGAAGAAGCACCACUGGCCAAUCAUUUGUUCAGCAUGAGAGGCCAACAGUGGAAAAUAAUGCGGGGCAAAAUGAGCCCGGUGUUCACAUCUCGCAUGCUGAAGAACAUGUACGGGCAGAUUGCAGAAUGCAGUAGCGGGUUGUUGAACAAUUUGAACGCACACUUAGCCAAAACCGACGUGCUCGAAGUCAGGAACAUCAUGGCAAAUUAUUCCACCGACGUCAUCGGCACGUGUGCGUUUGGUUUGCACCUAAACGCCAUAACCGACCACGACUCACCUUUCCGUCGAGCCGGCAGAGCCGUGUUCAACCCUUCGUUUAUGACGAUUCUGGCCAAUAUGAUUACGUUUAUUUCGCCGGCUAUUAAAAAGAAGCUGUACCUCAAGGACAUGCCGCCACAAAUAACUAAAUUUUUCAUAAAGGCUUUCACGGACACGAUUGAGUACAGACAGAAAAGCAGCAUAAUGCGAGACGAUCUCGUGCAAAACCUGAUACAGGCCAAUACGGAUUUAGUGAUUAACAAGACUGAACCAUCAGUUGUCUUUAAACAAACGGAUAUUAUCGCUAAUGCGUUCUUGAUGUUCCUUGCUGGUUUCGAAACGGUAUCAUCCACAAUGAGUUACUGCCUGUAUGAGCUCGCCCUGAACAAGACAAUACAAGAUCGGGUCCGAGAAGAAGCCACUCAUACUAAAACCAAGUACAACGGAGAUAUCAGUCAAGACUACUUGAAAGACCUUCGCUAUUUGCAAAUGGUUAUAUCAGAAACGCUGCGAAAAUAUCCGCCGGCCACUGUAUUAAUGAGAGAAUCGACAAUUGCCUACAAAGUACCGGAGGAUGACAUUUUAAUUGCCAAAGGCGAAAAACUAAUAAUACCCAUUUACAACAUACACAUGGAUUCGAAAUAUUAUCCUGAACCGCAAAAAUUUGACCCCGAACGAUUUACUCAAGAAGAAAAAGAUAAACGACCGAGUUGUACUUACAUACCGUUUGGCGAAGGACCGCGCCUUUGCUUAGGCAAACGUUUUGCUGAAAUGGAAAUGAAAUUGGCUCUGGCAGAGUUACUUACCAAAUAUGAAGUGGAACCUUGUGAAAAAACGGUCGUGCCCCUUGCUUAUAAUGUAAGAACGCCAACGUUAUCGCCAAUUGGUGGAAUUUGGUUAAAAUUUAAAGCCAUCUAGUCAUUAUUAUUUAAACUGUAAGAUAGAUUUUUAUCUGUAUUAUAAUAUUGUGAUUUAUUUAGUUGUAUCAAAUCUCUGUAACCCGUUCUUAAUAAAUAAUUAUUACUUAAUAUUAUUUAUAUAUUAAGCUUACUAUGUUUUAGUAAUGUCAGCCAACUGCCAUCCUAAUAGUUGCCCCUUUUAGUAUUAAAUAAUCAAAAUGUAUUUUUAAAAAUAAUGGCAUAACAUGAAUAAGACAAUACUGAGCUCAGACUCUUUAGUUACUU